UAAAGCUGUGUGUACCUGUAUUGCAGAAUGUCCGGAAAUUAUCCAGACAGUUUGUGCUUCCAAUGGAAAGACGUAUAGAAACCAGUGCACUAUGAAACAGGAUUCCUGUAGACUGGGUUUGAACUUGAUCACUGUACAUUCUGGAGCUUGUGAGCGUGAAAGUCCAUGUGCCAGCCUACGAUGUGUGGAGGGAGCUGAAUGUGUACGGGAUGAAUCUGGAUCUGCUAUGUGCGCGUGCACGAAGUGUUCUCCCGUUUAUAAUCCUGUUUGUGGUUCAGAUAAUGUGACAUAUCCAAGUCUAUGCCAUUUACACCAGGUUUCCUGUGAGGAGAGUAGACUGAUUGAACUGGUCCAUAUUGGAUCCUGUGACCAUAGAUGUAAAGCUAGACGUUGUCCUCCAUAUUCUACAUGUUUGGUCAAUCAUUUAGGAGAAUCUAGCUGUCAAUGUACGGAAUGUGGUUGGGAGUGGACUCCUAUCUGUGGAAAUUCAAGAAUAUAUGACAAUCUUUGCCAGCUGAAAUAUGCGGCAUGUACUUCCGAUACCAGUAUUUCUCCUUUACCUUUACAUAUCUGUGAUUCCGUAGAUUCUUCAGUAAAAUAUAGUACAACAACAUUAACAACGAUAUCUUCUCGUAAACUGUUGCCAACUACAACCACCACUUACUCAACAAAAACAACAACAACAACAACAACAACAACAACAACAACAACAACAACAACUAAGACAACAACAACAUCAAUACAACUACGGAAAACAACCCUGCCGACAGUUGUUAAAUAUCAAGUUGGAGACUGCUCCAGUAAUCCGUGCCAGGGUGGAGGAACUUGUGAAGCUCAUGAUGGAACAUUUACUUGUUUCUGUCCAGAAUACAGAAUAGGACAAUUCUGCAGUAUUGAGAUACCAACAGAUACUCAAGAUAUCCCUAGGUUCUCGGGGUUCUCUUUUAUACAGUAUAGGACGCCUAAACACCUGGAGCACAAGCUGACCCUUGAGCUGGAGUUUAGAAGCUUGUUAUCCACCUGUACACUACUCUACUCCCACCAGGAUGAGGACGGAUUAGGAGAUUUUCUCUCUCUAACCCUCAUUCAAGGAUUUGUUGAGCUUCGGUAUAAUCUCGGAGACGGGUUCGUGGCGAUUAAAUCGUUUGAACCUGUUCAACUAGGAACCUGGAACAGGAUUGUUGUUAAGAGGUGGCAUCAGGAUGGAGUCCUUGAAUUGAAUUCUCAGCCUGCAGUCCGCGGACGAUCUGACGGAUUCCUGAAAUCUCUUGAUCUCUCCUCAUCUUUAUACAUUGGAGCUUUUCCGAACCCAAACUCUCAAGUUCUCUAUAAUACAGGGUUUAACAGGAAUCCUAGUCUUGUUUAUCCAUCAGUUGACAGUAACAGUUCUGUGACUUAA